GAUCGGCGUCGACGUCGACGAGGCUCGGCGGAGGAGAGAGGACAACCUCGUCGAGAUCCGAAAGAACAAGAGGGAAGACAACCUCUUGAAGAAGAGAAGGGAGGGCCUUCUGCUCGCUGGAGGCCUGAACUCGCUAGAUCUCUUGUCGCAGACCGCUCUAGGGCUCGAGAAGAAGCUGGAAAGCCUUCCUGAAAUGGUACAAGGAGUUUGGUCUGAGAAUCCAGUGACGCAGUUGGAAGCAACUACCCAGUUUAGGAAGCUUCUAUCAAUUGAGAGGUGUCCCCCAAUCGAAGAAGUCAUUAAGGCAGGUGUGAUACCACGCUUUGUGGGAUUUCUUUCAAGGAAUGAUCUUCCACAACUGCAAUUUGAAGCAGCGUGGGCUCUGACAAAUGUAGCUUCUGGGACUUCAGAGCACACGCAUCAUGUCAUUGAACAAGGAGCGGUUCCAAAAUUUGUAGAGCUUCUGAAUUCUUCAAGUGAUGAUGUUCGAGAGCAGGCUGUUUGGGCCCUAGGAAAUGUAGCUGGUGACUCCCCACGGUGUAGGGACCUUGUUCUAGGACAUGGUGCCCUCAUGCCUCUCCUGGCUCAAUUGAUUCAGCAGUCAAAAAUGUCAAUGCUCAGAAACGCUACAUGGACAUUGUCUAACUUCUGUCGUGGAAAACCACCAGCACCAUUUGAGCAGACUAAGCCAGCACUGCAGAUACUUCAGCAACUUAUUCAUUCAACUGAUGAUGAAGUACUGACAGAUGCAUGCUGGGCCCUCUCUUAUCUUUCUGAUGGAACAAAUGACAGAAUUCAAGCUGUGAUAGAGGCAGAUGUCUGUCCCAGACUAGUAGAACUUUUGCUUCAUCCAACCCCUACAGUUCUGAUACCCGCCCUUCGCACAGUGGGGAAUAUAGUCACUGGAGAUGAUGCUCAGACUCAGUUUAUUAUCGACAACAAAGUGCUUCCUUGCCUUCUUCAACUACUCACGCAUAAUUACAAAAAGAGCAUUAAAAAAGAAGCUUGCUGGACGAUCUCAAAUAUUACCGCUGGAACUAGAACUCAGAUCCAGGCCGUUAUUGAUUCAAACAUCAUAGGUCCACUAGUUUAUCUCUUGCAAAAUGCUGAAUUCGAGAUUAAAAAGGAGGCUGCAUGGGCUAUAUCAAAUGCUACUUCUGGGGGUUCCCAUGAGCAGAUACAGUAUUUGGUGAGCCAGGGUUGUAUAAAGCCACUAUGUGAUCUCCUUAUCUGUCCAGAUCCAAGGAUAGUAACAGUUUGCCUUGAGGGCCUCGAGAACAUUCUAAAAGUCGGAGAGAGCAACAAGGAAUCGGGUGAAACUAAUGGAGUGAACGUGUUUGCCCAGAUGAUCGAUGAGUGUGAUGGUUUAGAUAAAAUCGAGAGCUUGCAAGGGCACGACAACAAUGAGAUAUAUGAGAAGAGCGUGAAGAUUCUUGAGCGGUAUUGGGUUGAUGAUGAAGAUGAAGAGCAGAAUAUGCAAAGUGUGGGUAAUAUGCAGCAGGUAUUUGAAUUUGGAGGUCAAAUGCCUCCCCAGGGUGGGUUCAAGUUGGGUUGAACCGUCUCAUUUUUUCCCCGCGUAUUCAUGGGUUUCCUUACAAUUCCAUUGCUUGAAGAUUAAUGGUUUUUAAAUCACUAUAAGUUACCACCGAAGGAUUAGCGAUUUUGGGCCGACUCCUGAGGAGUUUCUUACGGUAUGGAUUUGUAGUGAUAUUGCUUCUACUCUAUCCUCUUGUUUUUAUUCUAUUGUGUUGGAGAAAUGUAAAGCUCCACAAGUUGUCGUCUACAGGAUUGUUGUCAAUUGUUAUAAGAUCAAACUGGAAAUACAGUCAAUUUGCUCCAACAGCUCAAUUUGAUCUUAAUCUUUCCCAAUU